AUGGGCCAACCACCCAAAUACCGGAAUAAAUCCAACUUUCUAUUUGCACAAUUUUGUAAAAAAUACGGAUUUUCUAACGUGUUUUGGAAUUUUUCGAAAGCAGGACAUGGCAAAGGGGCAGCAGACGGAAUUGUAGGAGUUCUAAAAAGAAGUUGUAAUGCUAAAGUAGCUGGCGGGAUAGACAUUACUGAUGUUGCUUCGUUUGUUAAGGCCGUGUCAGAGAUUAAAGUAAAGUUAUUUCGAAUUGAAGAAGAAGAUAUUGUCAAAAUUAAAAUGACUUUGCCUGAAACUUUAAAACCAGUCCCAGGAAAUAUGAAGCUGCACCAGAUUAUCUGGACACAUUUAAAUGAAGAAUCGAUUUGUCUUAGAGAAUUAUCCUGUGACACAUUAUUUCUCCGCCGAUUUUCUCUCAACUGA